AUGUCGGGAUAUCCAGGUGCUACAUACAACGGAUCGCCUCCAUUUCUUAACUACCACGGCGAUCCCAGCUAUUAUUCAUAUUCCGAUCCUCAACAACAGCCAAUACACGCCGACUACAAUAGCCGACAAUAUCCAUAUGCAUUUCACUAUGGCCCUUAUGGGGGAUAUCCGCCGGCGCAACAACACUUUGGAAACUCUGGAGGAAUCCCACCUAAUCCUUACGUCGAUGGAUACCAAUCUAGCCCUCCGCCUCCGCCCUCAAAUCCUCAAAACUUUGGUCACGGUGCCCCAGAAAACUAUGCUUACAAGUAUUCCAACUGCAGCGGCAGACGGAAAGCAUUGUUGAUAGGUAUAAACUAUUUUGGCCAAAAAGGACAGCUGCGAGGGUGUAUCAAUGAUGUAAAGAAUAUGUCCGAAUUCUUAACUGAGAAUUAUGGAUAUCAGCGUGAUGAUAUGGUGAUUCUUACUGACGAUCAACAAAAUCCUGUAAGCCAGCCGACCAAGCACAACAUACUGCGUGCAAUGCAUUGGUUAGUCAAGGAUGCUCAGCCAAAUGAUUCGCUCUUCUUCCAUUUCAGCGGCCAUGGCGGUCAAACAAAAGAUCUUGAUGGUGACGAGGAAGAUGGUUAUGAUGAAGUAAUAUAUCCAGUAGACUUUCGAAGAGUCGGACAUAUAGUGGAUGAUGAGAUGCAUCGAAUCAUGGUCGCAUCUCUACUACCUGGGGUGCGCCUGACGGCAAUAUUUGACUCUUGUCAUUCAGGAACAGCCCUUGAUCUGCCUUAUAUUUACUCCACGCAAGGUGUUCUCAAAGAACCCAACCUUGCUAAAGAAGCUGGAUUAGGUAUCUUGAGUGCAAUCUCCGCCUACAGUCAAGGCGAUCUAGGUGGUGUUGCAAGCAACCUAAUAGGCUUAUUUAAGAGAGCUACGACCGGUGAAAAUGCGUACGCAAAAACAAUGGCGACGAAAACGUCACCAGCAGACGUAAUAAUGUGGUCUGGAAGCAAAGACGACCAAACAUCUGCCGAUGCUACUAUUGCUGCUCAGGCGACAGGAGCGAUGUCUUGGGCAUUUAUAACUGCCAUGAGAAAAAAUCCUCAACAGAGCUAUGUACAGUUGUUGAAUAGUAUCCGUGAUGAAUUAGUUACAAAAUAUUCUCAGAAGCCCCAGCUCAGCUGCUCUCAUCCUCUAGAUACGAAUCUUUUGUUCGUAAUGUAA